AUGAAGCGCAAACAACCAGAUUCCGGAUCCGAAGAUGAAUACCGUCCGGUAUCCACGCCCAAAAGACAGAGAACCACAGCAAAUGGCAUCAUGAAUAAUAAUCUCAAUGGAAAUGGUUCUCCCGAGGCGAGUCCGACGAAACGAACGCCCCGCAAAUCCAACGCUGCGACUCCGGCUGCGCUGAAAGAAUCGGGACUAAAGACUCCUACGCAACGAGCAAAGGCAAAAGCCCUUUUUACUACUACCAAAUCUACAACUGUUUCGACUCCUACACGAGCACGGAAUGCGGACCGGUCUGCUAAGAAGAAGAGCGCGCGGUUACUACUCGAGCAGGAUGAUGAGGAGGUAUGGGAUGGAGCUUAUCGAUUAGCGGAGGAGAUAUUGGAGGAUGAAAAUGAUGCCCCGGCCACCACUGCGGAUGGGAAUAAGGAAGUAAAGGAAUCUGUGGAAGCAUCAACAGAGCCGACAGAAAAGUCAGCACAGACGCCCAAACGUCGCGCAGGACGACCAAAGGGUGCGAGAAACAAACGAUCUCCAACGCCGGAAGGUGAACUCCCGCCGCAUGAACGAUAUUUCUUCCAGAAUCGGGCAGGUCCAACGCAUACGUCAAACAAUACGCUGAACAAGGUGUCGUUGUUAACGCACGAGGAAUACUUUGAUACGUUGGCGCGGUAUACGGAUCCGUGUAAGAGGGAGAAGGAGUUUCUGCUUGACUUGCAUCAUCGGUCAUUCCCGCAAUGGGAUUUUGAAUUCGACCAGGGCUUCAAUAUUUGUUUGUAUGGAUUUGGGUCCAAGCGGAGGCUUUUGCAGUCUUUCGCGGAUUGGCUUCAUCAGAAGCAUAGUCCUGCGUCUCCGUCAAUUGUUAUUGUCAAUGGACAUACACCUAAUAUCUCCAUUCGAUCUAUCUUCGCUACGAUUGCCACAGCCGUCCUUGGUGCAGAUCUCCCGUCAAAACUGGGUUCCCAACCAGUCGAGGUGUUGGAGUUGCUGCAGUCCGUCCUCAAGUCACGCCCAUCCCAAGAGCCCAUCACAGUCCUGAUCAAUUCGAUCGAUGCACCUCCGCUCCGACGAGCAGUGAACCAGGCCCUCUUAUCCCGACUAGCCGCGACCCCUAUGAUCCGUUUACUUGCGACAACAGACACACCAAACUUCCUUUUGAUGUGGGAUAUCAACUUCCGCGAUCAAUACAACUUCGUUUUCCACGAUUGUACUACAUUCGCCGCCUUCGAUGCUGAGUUCGACAUUGUCGAAGAAGUCCACGGCCUCUUGGGCCGCAAGGGCCGCCGCAUUGGAGGAAAGGAAGGUGUCGGCUUCGUACUCAAGAGUCUUCCGGAGAAUGCGCAGAACUUGUACCGCCUCCUCCUCACCGAGUUAAUAACAAUGCUGGACGACGGACACAACUCAGACGACGAAGACGGUGGCCAAGGUCAAGGCGAGAAUAACGCCCACAAUGAAACAGGCAUUGAAUUCCGCAUGCUGUACCAAAAAGCGACGGAGGAAUUUGUCGCUUCGUCGGAAAUGAUGUUCCGGACGCUGUUGAAGGAAUUCCACGAUCACCAGAUGAUCACGUCGCGGAUAGACGCGAGUGGGAUGGAGAUAUUGGGUGUUCCUUUGUCUCGGGAGGAGAUGGAGGGUGUUUUGGAGGAUUUGGUGUUGAGCUGA